CUUCCUGUUGAUGACAAAGGAUGACUUUAUUUGUGUGAAUAUAUCAUGAAAAUAUCUUGACAAAAAUAUUAAAGAUUCUCUGUUAUAAAACCAUUGUUUUGAAUGACAAGAACCUAGAAGAACCUAUAGCCUGCUAUAUUCAUUCAAAUCAAAAGGCUUUGUAUUUACAAAUGGGUCCCAGUCAUUCAAAUUAUUUGGUUUGAUGAUGGAAAUGUGUGGGCACAUAAUGCUGUGUACAGGUCUAAGUGAUGUGAAAUAGCACCUCAUUACGUGAAAUGAGGAUUAACUUCAUCAGCAAUCAGUUGAAUUUAAUUGUACUGGUAGGUUUACAGGCAGACCCUUAUUUAAGGAGGCUCUAAUAAAUCAGGACGAUUUUGCAAAGUUGCUCUGUAGAAUGAAUCAUCACUAUCGAGCAAAUCACACUGUCUUAACUUAAUGCUUUUUUUGUCGCGCCUAACGCACAUGAACGCGCACUUGUGUCAUGACGUUAGUUUGAGUAGCCCCGCCUGUUCUGUAACCACCAGCAAUAAUUCAACAUAACAGGCAGUUAUGGCUCUUGUAUUUAGUGGAAGUAAAUAGCUAAUUCCGAGGGUGAAAUGUCGCACACGCAGCGUCCUGGUUAGAGUCGUCUCGGGGUGUUUGAACAUUUAAGCAACUUACCAAGAAAUGCCGAGUACUUUAAACACCUGAACUCCCUUGGACUGAUUAAAACGAUGAGCAACCCAUCACCAGCAAGCUUCGUUCACGCUCCACGUUGGACAUCGCAGAGAUCUAUCCGCUUCGGAGACCACACGCACCCUUAAAGCCAGGAUGCAUUUGGUACAGGUGCUUUGGGUUUUUACACUUAUACGGCAUUCAAUAACGGAUCUCUCUCCGUCCGCUUGCACUAAACUGGAACUAGAUCACCUGAGGAGGAAAAGGGUGGAGGCAGUGCGGGGACAGAUCCUAAGUAAGCUGCGACUUAGCAGCCCCCCAGACGGACAUGUCUCCAGUGAGGCGCCGCUGCAAUUUCAAGCGCUAUUUAACAGCACAAAAAAACUUCUAGAGGAACUUAACAAGGAGCGACGGCACAACUGUGGCAGUGCGAACCCUGAGGAUGAGUACUAUGCCAAGGAAGUCCUCAAAAUCAACAUGAUGGAUGAAUCAACAGAGAACAGUGGGGUUUAUGAUUGUGCAAAGGAGAGUUCCAGAUUGUUCUUUUUCAACGUUACAAGCCUUGAGAGGAAUGCCAGCAGCCUGUUCCGUGCCAAGUUUCGACUCCUGCGGGAACCAAACCCCAGGGCCAGACGGAGUGAACAACGCAUCGAGCUCUACCAGAGACGUAAAGGUGAACAAGGUGUGUCAAACCGGCGCUACAUUGAUGGCAAAAAUGUCCAGACUAAAGGUGCAGUUGAGUGGAUCACAUUUGAUGUGACUGAGACCAUUAGGGAGUGGCUGACGCAUCAAGAACACAAUCUUGGUUUAGAGAUUGGUGUGCAUUGUCCAUGCCAGUCCUUCAAUCCAAAUGGUGACACCAUCAACAAUGAAGAUGAAAUACUGGAAGUGAAAUUUAAAGGUGUAGUGGCCCAGGAGGAGAGGAAGCGUGGAGACCUGGGACGCCUGAAGAGGCAGCGAGAGGACCGUCUGCCCCAUCUGAUCCUGAUGAUGCUCCCAUCACAUCACUCCAGCACCAAGUCCAAUCACCGCCGCAAACGGACACUGGACACCAACUACUGUUUCUCUAACUACGAGGAGAACUGCUGUGUCCGCUCGCUCUACAUCGACUUCCGACGCGACCUGGACUGGAGAUGGAUACAUGAACCCAAGGGUUACUAUGCCAACUACUGCUCUGGGCCUUGCCCCUACAUGCAGAGCUCCGACGCCACCCAUAGUACGCUGCUGAGUCUGUACCAGACGCUGAACCCAGAUGCGUCCAUCUCACCCUGCUGUGUUCCUCAGGAGAUGGAGCCCCUCACCAUCCUCUACUUCUCUGGCCGCAACCCUAAGGUGGAGCACCUCUCCAACAUGAUUGUGAAGUCCUGCCGCUGUAGCUGACGGAGAGGAGGGAGCCAGAGUGCCUGGGCUGGCUCGCCAAGUUUGCAUAUGGGGACAUUAGCACGUGUUCCACAUCAAUGUCAGGUUAAGGGCAUGCUUCAACACUGCUGACUAAGGUUAUGCGUGCAGCCAUGCGUGAGAUCACGUAUGGAUUCUGAUCCCAUCCCAGGAUGUGGACUUACAAAAGGACCUGCACACUGACAAAGAAAAAAGAGUUGAGGUCAGAUGCUAAGCCCAUUGGAUUUCAUGGGUUUUUUUAUUAUCUGAUUUUGUUUUUGUUUUUUGUUGCCUACAGAUUGCUUUUUUGAACGGCAAUCCAAAAAUGGAACGUAUUGCAGUACAUGAUGUAUUUCCUAUAUUAUUUUUCUGCAUUAAACUCAGUGGUUUACCUCAAUUACGUCACAUAGAAGGGACAGUAAGUCAGAAGGUAGAGACUUUCAGGACUUUUUGCACUUGACAAUGCAUGUGUUAUGUAAACUCUAGAUCCCUUGCUAGUUUAGACUUAGUCUGUAGAAUACAGAAGAAAAUGUAGACGUUUGCCAGCAGUAGAUGUUAAAAACAUGGAGGAGUGUUAAUCGAAAAGUAUUUCUUUUCAUCUUGUAUUCCAUUUGACUGUGAAUCUAAAGUGAAAUAAAUAACUCAGAAUGGA